AUAACACUAACAAUUGAAUAAUAAAACUGAAAUUGGAAUUGAGAGUUUACAAAGAAUCCAAACCCUAAUCUAAAAUCUAAACUAAAAAUGAAAGGAAAAAUCCCCAAUAUCCCAAUACAAAUGAUUAAGCAUAACUGAUUGAAACUGUAUGGACGAAAACACCCUUGACAAUUUAAGUGGCCUCGUCCUAGGGGUGUUGCAGCAUCCUCAAGCCGAAAUACGUAUCAGGAUUAAUUUGGGCCGAAAUGCAAUCCACAUCUAAGUAGAGCAGCUUAACAAGUACUUUUAUCAAAUAAAAUGUAGUUUAUUAAGAAAAGUUUUUAUAGUAAAAAGAUGAAGGAAAACUGAGAAAGUGUUUUCCUGUAAAAUUGAUCGUUUGCAACACUACUCCAUUUAAAAACUUACCAGAGAUAUGCGCUUUACUAACUGGGAGCUCUAGAACUCUAGAAGGGAUUGGAAGAGGUUUUAUUGCUGAACUCCAAGCUGAAGCUCAAGGAACAGAGAUCUGAAUUUUCAAGUUGUUUCUGGGAUAACAAAGAAGCUAAAGGAAGAGGCAGCACAGAGCAACGACAGAAGAAAUGGGAGGGUACGCGCUGGGCUCGGCGUUUGAUUCAAAAUCAGGGCAGAUGAUAAUGGUGUCAUUGCUUCUAAUGUUUGGAUCUUUCUUCCUUGGCAACCUUUUCGGCAAUAAUGCUCCCAUUUAUGUCUCUCAAGUUUCUGAAACUUCUUCAUCGUCUUCGUCUCCAGCUGCUAUCUCUACAUUUAUUAACAAAGUUUCUCUUACUUAUCGAGAAACACCACUUGUAGUCCCAGCAAAUGGAAUGAAUAUAUGUCCAUUGAAGUUCAAUGAGUAUAUCCCUUGUCAUGAUAUCUCUUAUGUGAAGCAAUUGGCUCGAGACUUGAAUCUUUCCAAAAGCGAAGAGCUAGAGAGACACUGCCCUCCACUUGCAAAGCGUUUAUUUUGUUUGGUGCCACCACCACUAGAUUAUAAAAUUCCCAUAAAGUGGCCAGUGAGCAGGGACUAUGUUUGGCGAAGCAAUGUGAAUCAUACACAUCUAGCUGAAGUUAAAGGAGGACAAAACUGGGUGCAUGAGAAAAAUCAGCUGUGGUGGUUUCCAGGUGGUGGCACUCAUUUCAAGCAUGGUGCAGCUGAGUACAUUCAAAGACUAGGAAAUAUGGCAACUGACGAAACAGGUGACCUGCGUUCAGCAGGGGUAGUUCAAGUUCUCGAUGUUGGAUGUGGAGUGGCCAGCUUCUCUGCUUAUCUUCUUCCCUUGGAUAUACAAACAAUGUCUUUUGCACCCAAAGAUGGUCAUGAAAAUCAGAUUCAGUUUGCUUUAGAGCGAGGAAUUGGUGCAAUGAUCUCUGUCAUAGCCUCAAAACAGUUGCCAUAUCCAAGUAACUCUUUUGAGAUGGUUCAUUGUUCUAGAUGUCGUAUUGAUUGGCAUGAAAAUGAUGGUAUUUUACUCAAGGAAGUGAACCGCCUCUUGCGACCUAAGGGAUAUUUUGUCUAUUCGGCUCCACCAGCUUAUAGGAAGGAUAAAGAUUAUCCAGUAAUUUGGGACAAGUUGGUUGAUCUGACUACAGGAAUGUGCUGGAAACUUACUGCUCGAAAGGUUCAGACUGCUAUCUGGAUCAAAGAGGAAGAUCCAUCAUGCCUUAAGCAUAAUGCAGAGUUGAAACUCAUUGAUAUUUGUGAUGCCGUAGACGAGACUAAACCAUCAUGGAAGACUCCUCUAAUGAAUUGUAUACAGCUAGCAGGUGCAACAACAGCUACCAAGAAGCUCCCUCCUAGGCCUGAGCGUCUGUCAGUGUAUUCGGAGAGCCUCAGUAGAAUCGGCAUCAGCAGAGAAGAAUUUAGUUCAGACUCCAACUUCUGGCAAGAACAAGUUCACUAUUACUGGAGGCUGAUGAAUGUUAGCAGGACAGAGAUACGAAAUGUGAUGGACAUGAAUGCCCUUUUUGGUGGUUUUGCUGCCGCUUUGAAUGAAUAUCCUGUUUGGGUAAUGAAUAUAGUCCCUUCAAGCAUGCAAAAUACCUUAUCUGCAAUUUAUGACCGGGGUCUAAUUGGUGCUUUUCAUGAUUGGUGUGAACCAUUUUCAACAUAUCCACGUACGUAUGAUUUACUGCAUGCCAACCAACUUUUCUCUCAAUAUAAAAAUAGUGGAGAAGGUUGCCAGCUUGAGGAUAUCAUGCUUGAGAUGGACCGCAUUUUAAGACCUCAGGGAUUUGUUAUAAUUAGAGAUGAGGAUUCUAUUAUAUCAAGAAUUCAAGAUCUUACUCCGAAUUUCCUUUGGGAGUUUGAAUCACAUAUUCUGGAAAACAAGGAGAAGCAAAGAGAAACAUUGCUAAUUUGCAGAAAGAAGUUCUGGGCUGUUCUUUAAAACAUGUUUCUACAAAUAACAGGUGCUAACGAAGCAGCUGUUAGAUUUAAUUCAUGAUCCCGAGUGUGGACUUCAGCAUCCAAUCAACGAUCCCAGACUCGACAAUGUUUGUGUACCUCUUUCACUUGUUGUUUGGCACGUACGUAGGUUGUGGCUAUUUUGUUAGUAGACUAUGUCUAAAUUCACUUUUGAAUUGAGAAUGUUGAUGUAUGCUUUGGUUAAUCAUUUUGUAGUAACUUAUAAAUAGUUGAUGAAUAUGGUUGAAAUGGUAUAAUGCUGAAAAUGAUAAUGAUCCUAAUGAUAUAUAGGUGUGAAUGUUUGUGUUUGGUUGGAA